GGCGGAGCGCGCACCCGGAUCACAGCUCGGCUUCUCAUUCAUGCGAGUGAACCUGCGGGACCGUGAAACCGGGAAUACACACGCUCUCCUCCCCGCAUUUGCAAGUGAAUAAUGCCGCACUGACGGACCGGGGGGACUCCUGGUUUGGUUUCACCGCCUCAUCGCCUCCGUUUAUUCAGGAGAGGAAAAGUCCGCUCGGCUCUGUCUCGCUACUUUUUUUUUUUUUUUUUUUUAAGGGGGGAAGGAUUACACCGACACUUGCACCCGGAUUAUUGACCCUAGAGGACAACAUGCCUCAGACUCCACCGUUCACGGGGCAGUUGGGGACCGGCGGCUACAACAAAAACCUGUACCAGACCAAGGAGGAGGGCUAUGGCGGCCUUUAUUACCAGGAUAACAACCUGGUGUCCGGCUCACUGGAGGCCCUCAUUCACCACUUGGUCCCAACUGUGGACUAUUAUCCAGAUAGGACAUACAUCUUCACCUUUCUGCUCAGCUCUCGCCUCUUCAUCCACCCAUAUGAGCUCAUGUCCAAGGUGUGUCACCUUUGCGUGGAGCAACAGCGACUCAGUGACCCUCAGGCUGACAAGAUGAGAAUCAGGAAGAUCACUCCCAAGAUCCUGCAGCUGCUGACAGAGUGGACGGAAACCUUCCCCUACGACUUCAGGGACGAGAGGAUGAUGCGCAGCCUGAAGGAGCUGACCCACCGGCUGGCCAGUGGAGACGAGGUUUACAGGAAGGCGGUGGGACAGAUGAGCCAGGGCCUCAUCAGGAGGCUGACGGUGCUCAGCCAGUACGAGGAGGCCCUGGUCAAGAUCAACGCCACGGCCGCUGAGAGGCUGGCGGCUCUGAAGACGAAGCCCCAGGCGGCCAUCCAGAGAGACUUGUUAUCCAUCUGCAAUGACCCUUUUACCGUCGCCCAGCAGCUCACUCACAUAGAACUGGAGAGACUGAGUUACAUCGGACCCGAAGAAUUCGUCCAGGCGUUCGUUCAGAAAGACCCUCUGGACAAUGAUAAGAGCUGCUUCAGCGAUCACAAGAAGGCCAGCAACCUGGAAGCUUACGUGGAAUGGUUCAACAGGCUCAGUUAUCUGGUGGCCACAGAGAUCUGCAUGCCCGUGAAGAAGAAACACAGAGCCCGAGUCAUCGAGUUCUUCAUCGACGUGGCCCGCGAAUGCUUCAACAUCGGCAACUUCAACUCCCUCAUGGCCAUCAUAUCUGGCAUGAACAUGAGUCCCGUGUCCCGGCUCAAGAAGACCUGGGGCAAAGUCAAGACGGCCAAGUUUGACAUCUUAGAACACCAGAUGGAUCCUUCCAGCAACUUCUACAACUACAGGACGGCGCUGCGAGGAGCCACGCAGAGGUCGAUCACCGCCAACAGCAGCAGAGAGAAGAUUGUAAUCCCGUUCUUCAGCCUCUUGAUCAAAGACAUCUACUUCCUCAAUGAGGGAUGUGCCAACCGGCUACAGAGCGGACACGUCAACUUCGAGAAAUUCUGGGAGCUCGCCAAGCAGGUGAGCGAGUUCAUGACCUGGAAGAAGGUGGAGUGUCCGUUCGAGAAGGACCGCAAGAUCCUGCAGUACCUGCUCACCGCGCCGGUGUUCAGCGAAGAUGCUCUGUAUCUGGCGUCGUACGAGAGCGAAGGUCCUGAGAACAACAUGGAGAAGGACAGAUGGAAGUCUCUGAGGUCCACUCUGCUGAGCCGGGUCUAAACCCACCAAACAAGAGUGUGAAGCCGAAUCCCCGACAAGCACGCCGCGCCCCGGCCGCCGCCGCCGCCGCCGCUGUCCCAACAGAGUAUCCCCGUUUUGGAAGGGAAACGACAAUCUGCACCCCGGCCUGUGGAGGAGCUGCUCCAGAGGCUCUGCCAACUCUCUGCUCUUCCCUUCCUCCCUCGCUCUUUGUGCUGUACAUUUCAGGACAGCUGCUUUUUUUCAUCACUUUGUAUGAAUUUGUAGUCUUUUUUUAAGAGAAAAAAAAAAAAGUAAAAGAAACGCCACGACCAUCACGGUAACCGCCGAGGGAGUUGCUUUUUUUUUUUUUUUUUUUUUCUUUUUUUUCUUUUUCUCGUCUAAAGCCGAGGCUCGUGGUGGGAGCGUCGCGGCGCCGUCGGGCUUCGUCGUUUUUCUCCUUUUUUUUUUUUUUUUUUCCCAACACCGAUUUUUUUUUUUCCACUGAAGCUACAGGUUAGCUGCCGGCCGGCUAACUCGUUCCUAACGGGUAGAACAAACGACAAAAAACAAAAAUAAAAAAAAAGCUUCUCCCUCUGUUUCAACAAGCCAGCAUCUCUGAACUGAGAACUCUGAACCUGCAACACUGUUGGACUGUGACGCUCCUCCUCUCUGUCCUUUCUGUUCGCCGUUCGUCUCCUUUUCCCUCACCAGUAUUUCCCUCUCUCUCUCUCUCUCUCUCUCUCUCUCUCUAUCCAUGUGGUCGGUCAUCCUUUCUGUCGGAAGGUUUUUUUGUGAAGUGUAAAAACAAAAAAAAGAAGAAGAAAAAAAAGACAAAAGAAGAAAUUCAAAUGCGCUGGCUGCAUUUUAAAGAUUGAUUUUUUGUUUUUCCCUCCCUGUUCAUGUCGUGUAAAGCCUUGUGGUAUUCUCAACCGAGGAGCGAAUAAAAGAAGGAAAGGACGUUUUGUCGCACGUCGGUCCGAUCUGCUGCCGAGUGCAGAAAGUUUCACAAACUCCAUUCCAUUUAUAAGCUAAUUUUACAGCCGAGUGUUGGAAUUAAUGGUAAUUUAGUUAUGUUGUCAGCUAGCUCACAUUUGGUUUGUAAAUUAAUUUUGGGGAUUUUGUGACUAGCGUUAGAUGAGGACAGCUGACACUCACAUUGGAUUUAAAGGUUCUCAAAUAGGCCAUUGAGUACCCCUAGUGGUAUGUUGGAGUACUGCAAAGGGGGGAACAUGAAAUUUUAUUAUUUUUUUCUCUUAGCCUAUGCUAUUAUAACUUCAAUAAAACUGUAAAUGUAAGUUUGAUAAGCUACAUUUUAGGUUCAGUAUUCAGUUUCCUGAAGGUGUCAAAUGUGAAAUAAAUAAAUAAAUAAAUAAAAAUCAAAAAAAUGGAUUUGUGGCUGAAAGGCAAAACAUCGUCAGGAUCAGGUCGUUGUUUCAGACGCUGUUGGCGCUCGGCUUUGCCUCUGUUUUCUCUAUCAAAUCUUUAUUUUUUCGCAUUAGUCAGGGGGAAAUUGGCUGAAAAAAUACAUCAAAAGGGGGUUAGAUUAUUGGAAAAAAAAAAAAAAAAAUUGGGAAUCACCGGUGCAAACGAGGACUGCCGUCGCUGUGAUGUAACAUCCUUUCCUUUAUUUUAUUUUAUUUUAUUUUUUAAGACGUUCUUCGCUCUGAACCAGGCGGCGACGCUCGGCUGCUGUUUACCCGUUAAAACCAGCCGCUCGUCCCUCCUCCCCCGCUAUAGCGUAGAAAAUCUGUGGUUGUACUGCCCCCUGGUGGUUGAGUCCAGAAACAGUGAAUGGAUUUUGUGUUGAGUAAUGUGAACACUGAGGAUUUGUGCAGCCCCCCCUCACAUGCCUGUUCUGAAUAAUGUCCUCCUUUAUGUAUUUUUGUUCGUCAUACGAUUAUAAGUACACUUUCCUCCAUAUUUGUUUAAUUUAUAAAUCUCUAUAUGUGUGUAGUCGUAUUAUUAUUUCAUCAUGCCAAUAUUUACUAUUAUUUUAUUGUUAUUUAAUUUUGUACUAGGUACAUAACAUACUGAUGUAGUCCUCAGAUAUUGGCUUAACUACUAUUUUUUUAUACGAGUUUGUAUGAGAGUUAAUUUCCAGGGUACUAGCGCUCACUAUGACGUUAAAGGUUUUUGACUGAUGUCCAGCUUUGCCUUGACUGUUUCAUUUCCCCCCUCAACACAGAGUGCUGUUGUGGUUUAUUGUGUACAUAUGUUUCUUUCCCCCCCCUCCUCCUCCUCCUCCUUCCUGUGUUUAUCCAUUUGUAUUUGGACUGUUGAGAUGGAAUAGAGGACCCGUUUAUAAAUCCAUUAGUUGUGUUUUGAAAGAGAAAGUUAAUAAAAGAAUGAUUCAAAUGAU